AUGCUUAACAGGGCUUUACGAUUACAAGAAAUAGAUAAACUUUAUCAUUUACGCUACUUCAUUAGACAAUUACACGAAGAACUCAAACAUUUACAUAGAGAAAAAAUUCAACAAGGGAAAUCGGUUGUAUGUCUCUAUCGUGGUCAAGGAAUGCAACGAGAAGAAUUAGACAAAUUACGAGACAGUGUAGGCGGCUUAUUGUCAUUUAAUGUAUUUUUAUCAACAAGUGCAGAUCGUGCCGUCGCCCAUAUGUAUGCAGAAACAAUGCUAUCAGCUACGGAUACAUUAGCCGUUUUCAUGCAAAUAGAUGUGCAAGCAAUAAGUUUAGAAAACAACGUAUUUGCUGAUAUUGGCCAUUUGACUCGAUUUCCUGAAGAAGAAGAGCAUCUUUUCUCAAUGGGAAGCGUUUUUCGAAUUCUAUCUGUAGAAUCAGCGAUAGACGGAAUCUAUUAUGUCAAACUUGCGUUGACAAGCGAUCAAGAUGAACAGCUUGCUCAUUUAAAAUGGUUUAUGAGUACUACUCUAAAUCUGACGCAUCGUCGUGGUCCACUUUUUCGACUUGCCGGUCUAAUGCAAGAAAUGAGUCAACAUUUUUACGCUGAAUACUUUUAUACCAUCUUGUUAAAAGAUGAAACAAUUCAGGAUCAACCAAGCGCACUAGCUAGUAUUUAUGGUAAUUUGGGUUAUUUGUGCAAGGAAAAAGGCAAUCUACAUGAAGCUCUCAAUCAUUAUGAACUUGCGCUUAAACUAUAUGAAAAAGACUCACCUCACGACAAUGAUCAAACAAUUGCAACUCUCCUUUCUAAUAUUGGAGGAAUCUAUACAGCUCAAGGCUUGUUCGAUCGUGCUGUAACAAACCUAGAACGUGCUUUAAUGAUUGAUAUCCAUCCUGCCAACGGUAGAAUACCUAAUCCUCAAUACAUUUCCACUCGCUAUAAUGAACUAGGUGUUAUCUGUGAACGUAUGGGACGAUAUGCGAACGCUCUUAAUUAUUACAAACAAUGUUUACAAAUACGUCUGGCGAAUAUACCUUCAAAUCAUCCUGAUUUACUUGCACCAUAUAAUAAUAUUGCAUUACUCUAUGAUAAACUUGGCCAAUCGGAACAAGCAAUUGAUAUUUAUAUGCGUAUUCUUGAGAUUAGCACUAACUCAUUACCACCGAAUCAUCUCACAUUUGCUACUCUAUAUCAUAAUAUAGCUUGCAAUCUUGAGGAUAUUGGUCAAUUAAAUGAAGCACUCAUCUAUGCUCAAAAAGCGUUCGAUAUAGUCGAAAAAUCAUCGUUGUCAUCGACUCAUGAGAUCGUUCUUGGCAAUCGUCAUCAUUUGGAACGUCUUCAGCGUAUUGUUUCUAACUCUAGCCCAAAAAACUAA